AGGUCAAGUUGAACUUAAACUAUUGAAUCUAUAAACUUUUGAAUUCCGAUUCUCAAAACACACACACACACACUUAUUCUUCUUCUCACACCCCCCAGAAAAACCUAACACCCUCGCCGGAGAAAAUGGAGAUUACAGAGAAACAAGCGAUGUACCGCGACAUCGGUUUACAAGUCAUCAUGAUCCUCGCAAUGGCUUUAAUCUUCCUCAGCAUGCACGGAAUUCCUCAAAAAUUCCUCGCAAAACUCCGAUUCCAAAACCGAAAAGCAAUCAAAGCAAAGCGGCACUUCGUACGUGGCGCUCAGCUUCUCACACAAGCUAGAUCUUCCAAAAACAAAUCCAGAUCCGCCAUCAACAACCUCGCAAACGAAGCCUUAGGCGAAGCCGAAAAAGCGAUCGAACUCGAUCCAAAAGACGCCGCUUCGUAUCUUCUCAAAGCUAUGAUUCUCGAUCUUCAAGGUUUUCGUACUUCCGCUCUUGAAUCACUCGACGCCGCGUUGUCUCCUCUCGCCGCCGGUUCGCUUGAGCAAGGUGAACGUGGUGAUGCGUUGUUUAAGAGAGCUGAGUUGAAACUUGCAACGAGUGAACGCGGACGAGUUGACUCGGCGUUAGCGGAUUUGACUGAGUCGGUGAUUUUGAGUCCGAAAAACGCCAAAGCUUGGUGUGCGUUGGGAGAGUGUUAUGAAGGGAAGAAGAUGGACGAGGAAGCGAAGAAAGCUUAUAAGGAAGCUCAUGAAUUGGCGCCACAAUAUUCAGUGCCUGUAGAAGCACUUAACAGCAAUGUAACAAAAGAUUAGGAGCUGUCUUGAACAUCUAUUGGGGAAGAAUGUCUGUUGGAGAGGUGUUUCAUUAGCUAUGCACCAUGUCAUUUCAGUGUUUCGUGGCUUUGGCAGGAUGUAAGGAGCAAAUAAGGUGGUGCUCAGUGAAGGCUCAAGCAGUAUAUCAGCAACAUCAAAGCUGUUCUGGAAAGAAAAAUAAAUAAAUUUGUGUACCCCUUGUGUUGGUUUCUACGUGGUUGUUCUCAUAAAUGUAUACAUCCCUAUAAGACACAUUUGAAAUUGAGUACUUCGUUGAAUGAAAAUUUUCCCUUUUAACUA